UGGGGACUCGGGGACCGCGGCAGGCUCUCGGGGCGCUGACCGCAGCCGUGCGCCGCGGCUUCCAGGCCCCCACCCCCACCCCCUGCACAGUGCCACCGGUUCCCGCUGUCCCUGCCUGCCCUCCCCGGAGCCCCUCCGCGAUGCCGGCCCUGGGCGCAGCGGGAGCCACGCGGGUCUUGGUCGCCCUGGCAGCGGCGGCCCUUUGCGGUCACCUCCGGCUGGGAGUGAGCGCCACCUUGAACUCGGUCCUCGUCAACUCCAACGCCAUCAAGAACCUGCCCCCGGCGCUGGGCGGCGCUGCCGGGCACCCGGGCUCGGCGGUCAGCGCGGCGCCGGGGACCCCGUACGAGGGCGGGAACAAGUACCAGACCGUUGACAACUACCAGCCGUACCCCUGCUCUGAGGACGAGGAGUGCGGCACCGAGGAGUACUGCGCCAGCCCCCCCCGCGGGCCCGGCGCCGGCGCGCAGAUCUGUCUCGCCUGCAGGAAGCGUAGAAAGCGUUGCCUGCGUCACGCUAUGUGCUGCCCGGGAAACUACUGCAAAAACGGGAUAUGUAUGCCUUCUGAUCACAGUCCUUUCCACCGAGGAGAAAUCGAGGAAACCAUUAUCGAAAGCAUUGGUAACGAUCACAGCACCCUGGAUGGGUAUUCCCGAAGAACUACGCUGCCCUCGAAACUGUAUCAUACCAAAGGACAAGAAGGUUCCGUCUGUCUCCGAUCGUCAGACUGUGCCACGGGGCUGUGUUGUGCCCGACACUUCUGGUCCAAGAUCUGUAAACCUGUCCUCAAAGAGGGUCAAGUGUGCACAAAGCACAGGAGAAAGGGCUCCCACGGGCUGGAGAUAUUCCAGCGCUGUUACUGUGGAGACGGCCUGUCUUGCCGGAUGCAGAAAGAUCACCAUCAAGCCAGUAACUCUUCAAGACUCCACACCUGUCAGAGACACUGAGCCAGCCGUCCAAACACAGAGGACUCCUUUUAUAUAAUAUAUGCGAUGAAAACCUUUCGUGACUUUGGUCAGCUCAGUCCUAAAGGAUGUACAAAUCCUGUGGUUAUGAUCAAGCAUUCCAAUAAUACCUUCUGAAAACCUGGAGUGUAAGAGCUUUGUUUCUUUAUGGAACUCGCCUGUCGUUGAUUGCAGUAAAUUACUGUGUUGUAAAUGCUCAGGGUGGCACUUACCUGUAAAUGCGACAAGACUUAAUUAUUUUUCUAAAAGGUGCUGCAUGGUCCAUUGUUUCUCCUGUUAUGUAAAUUUUUGUACACAUUGAUUAUCUUGACUGAUGUUCUAUAUUGAAUUGAAAUAAAUAAUUUCAGCUUCUACUUGCUAAAUGUAUAACCCUUUCCCUUUUAAUUCUAGACUCCAGAAUGCAAGAAGCUUUCGGAAUGACCAACAAUAGGCAUCUAAACUUAAUCAUGGACAUACUCGCUUAUUUUCUGAAGUGUACUAUCUCAGUGCUUAGAUUAUGUUUCUCUCUAGGCUGUGAUAGUGCUCGAAAUAAAAUUUG